GGUGACACUGUUUUGAGGCUGUGAUGAUACCUUGAAGUACAGAGCCGUUCAACAAGCAGGUGCAUGUUAGCAUUUGUCUGAACACCAACUUCACUUAGUGGGAGCCAUCAAGUUUGUUAGUCUGGAUUAGGAGAUCAAGACCCUCAAGAUGGAGAGUGAAUGCACCGAGUGCUCUUUCAAGGAACUGGAUGAGUCCUACAACCAGAAGCUCCUGACUGAGCAUGAGCGGUAUGAGAAACUACAGCACAAGUACAAGCGGAUGCAAGACGACUAUGAGGCACAGCUGAGGGCAGCCGACUACAACAAAAGCCAAAGUCUGGAGGCGCAGAAAUUGAUCUAUGAAGCCAAGCUGCAGGAGGCCAAUCAGCUGCUGGAACACUGGCAGUCGUACUCAGAGCAGGGAAAGUGUGAGUUUGAGGAGCAUAUGAGGCAAGCGGAAGAAGACGCAGACAGAGGGCUGUAUGACGUUCAAACCAUGUAUAACAAGAAGCUGCAGAGGGAGCAGGAGAGUAACACUCGUCUGAUGAAGGAAACCAGUAUCAUGAAGCAGCAGAUCUACCAUCUGCAGAGACAGAUUCAGGACAAAUGCAUGGAGAAUGCACAGCUUAGGCAGGAGCAGCAGAAGCUCCAGGGUCUGAUCCGUAAUCUAGACUGUGACAUCGCAACUCUGAAGAAGAAGAUCCUGGAGUAUGAGAGGACCAAGCCAGAUCAGGAAAGAGUCAUCUCUGAGCUCAAGAAGAAGAACCAUGAACUGGAGAAGAUGACCUACAACCUUGACUCCCAGUUAAACGAACUAAAGAAGCAGGCCGGUCCAGCUCCAGAGAUAUUCACAGAGAAAGAAAGGAUCCAGCAGCUGGAGGAGGAACUGGUGCAGAUGGAAAAGAGCAACGUUUACCUGAAGCUAAAUAUUGAUGACUUGCAGCUCAAACUGAAAACAAGAGAUCAAGAGAUGGACAGGGAGAAGCAGAAGCUAAAACAAGUGCGGAUACACCUUGAGCGACUCAAGUCUGACCUCUACCACUGUGGUGGCUUCAUCCAGGAGCCGAAGAAGUUGAAGGAUAGUGUGAAACACAUAGUUGCCCAGUAUGUGCAUCAUGGUGAUGAGUUGGUAAACAGUGAGCUGGAAGAUCUCCAGAGGGCAUAUCGGCGACAGAGUGAGCACCUGGAGAAGACGGUUACCUGUCUUAAAGCCAGACUGGCGAAAUGUGAUGAGGAGCAUGAGAAGAAACAAGUCAAGCUCAUGAAGGCAAACGUCACUCUGGUCAAUCAAAUCAAUGAACUUCGGAGAGAUCUGCUAAAAAACCGGACUGAGUUGAAGAACUGCAAAAUUCAGCUGGAUAUGGUGAAGGACAAGAAGCCACGCGUGCAGACAGAAAAAGGAACAUGACGUCCUGAGAUGCCAGUCUCAGCAGCUACAGGCUUCCAAAGCUCCAACUGUGUGGUGCAAUGAAACCAGAGGGCAGGCUCAUCUACAGGUCGAGAGAAGCCUAGCACCGAGAGUUCACAGUGUCUCAUCUGCCUUCUGCCCAUUCACUGUGCUUUUGGAGCCCAGUUUCUGGCCUCCUUCUAGGUGCCACCACUCGACCAUUGAAGGAUCAGCUCAAUUGUAGAUUCAAUGUGUCACAGCUGGUAGUUAUAUGAAAGAAUGUUCAAUGCCUAAAUAAGUCUUAUAUUUUAUACUACUCACGGUAACAUCCAUUUGCUUUGUUGACAACUGCAAACCCUCAAUACAUCCAACUGAGGCCACCUGUUUCACAAAGCAUCUCUGGUUUCAACAUCCAGGUUGCAUUCAGGGUUUCAAAAUCCUGUUUACAUCUGACGUGAGGUUCAGUUUAGAUCUUAACACCAGGUUCGACUAUGUCUAUUAACCAGAAUAAUCUGUGCUCAAAUGACUACCUUGUUUUCCCUGUUAAACGUACUGGAACGGGAGGUGGCAGCGUACCUAUUUGUAAAACGACUCAGGAUGGUCAAUGAAACGCUCAGGGAAUCCCUUCCUUGGGCGUUCUUGUGUCGUGCCGGAAACACCUAGGCUCCUGCUGGACUCUUCUCCAAACCCUUGAGCUUCAUGAUGUAGUCUUCUGAGGUGGUUUUCACUUCACAGGCGUGCCUUGUUUAUCUGUGGAAUGUCUAGGAGCAGAACACAGGAUGGUACAGCUGACAGCUCCAUUUUACGAAUGUGAGGAUUCAUAUAAUGGCAAAAGCAGGAGAGAUUUUUUUGGGCCAAGAAGCACAAGGAAUGGACAUCGACCUCUGGAAAUCUGUGCUCGGUUCUGAUGAGUCCAAAUUUGAGAUUUGAAAUUUGAGACCUGAACCAGACCAAUAUGAUGAGAAUUGAUUUGC